AUGAAGUUCGAGCCAUUGGUGUCCAGGAAUACGGUGCCAAGGACAUAUGUCCAUGCGAAGCUCUCAGAUACGUACUUCUACUCUAUCCUCCGCGACAACUUCCCCAUCUCAACAUGGCUCGCUCUCGGCGCCAUCACUCAAUCCUUCCUCCUCUUCCUUUUCCCAGCCCAUCUUGCUCUGGCGCCAGCCCUUACACUCCUGCUGUUCCGCGCGACAUGUGCGGUGCUAGCUACCGUGAGACUGCUGCCCAACCAUCAGAUGGAUGGCGUUGUCCCAGGGAAGUGGACUGCCCAGCUACCUAACAAGGAGGGCGAAGUCCCUGGUGAGGUGGCAGAGAGGGGAUUGGUGGUGAUUUCGCUUGGGGCGAGGUCGAACCAUCCGUUCGGCAUCCUGGGCCCCGGCUUCAAGGAAGUGGGCGAUUUAAUGGAUGCUAUGCUGAAGGAGUUACAUGAGAGGGCGGAGGAGUUUAAAUUCCUCGGCCAUACCUCCUUCGUCUCGACUGAGCGUCAUACUACCAACCAAGUGAUGAGUCUUUGCUAUUUCCGCACAAUAGAGGGUCUCCAUGCUUAUGCGCAUAGUGCCCUGCAUCGCAAGGCCUGGGAAUGGUGGAAUAAAAUCACCAAUACUCAUCCCCAUCUGAGUAUUAUGCAUGAGGCGUACUACUCUCCGAAGAAGGAGUGGGAAAACAUCUAUGUUAACAGUCAUCCCACCGGCUUUGCCGACACAAAUGCGUUCAUCUCCGUCGACGGCCGACCCAGUUUGCCCAUCUUCGAUGCCAGGAUGGGAAGACUCCGUUCCCAUAGGGGCCGCUUAGGUCGUGGAGAUGGCACGGAUAACGAGGAGUACGGAUCGGAGCCGUACUAA